GGAUUUGUCUUCGAGCGCCUCACCUGGAAAUAUGAGCGCGUCGAACCCGGACCAGCGCCUGGAGCAUCUCCUGAGCGCCGUGGAGAGCGAGUUCCAGAAGGGCAGCGAGAAGGGAGACGCGUCGGAGCGAGACAUCAAACUGACGCUGGAGGACGCAGAUCUGUGGAACAAGUUUAAAGAGUUAACCAACGAGAUGAUCGUCACCAAGACCGGGAGGAGGAUGUUUCCGGUUCUGAGAGCCAGCGUGUCCGGUCUGGACCCGAACGCCAUGUACUCGGUUUUGCUGGAUUUUGUGGCCGCGGACAACAACCGCUGGAAGUACGUGAACGGGGAGUGGGUGCCCGGCGGCAAACCGGAGCCGCAGAGCCCCAGCUGCGUGUACAUCCACCCGGACUCCCCCAACUUUGGCGCCCACUGGAUGAAAGCGCCCGUCUCCUUCAGCAAAGUCAAGCUCUCCAACAAGCUGAACGGGGGCGGACAGAUCAUGCUGAACUCUCUGCACAAAUACGAGCCGAGGAUCCACAUCGUGAAGGUGGGAGGCAUUCAGAAGAUGAUCAGCAGCCAGUCCUUCCCUGAGACACAGUUCAUCGCUGUCACUGCCUACCAGAACGAAGAGAUCACCGCUCUGAAGAUCAAGCACAACCCUUUUGCCAAAGCCUUCCUGGAUGCCAAAGAAAGGAGCGACCACAAGGACGUCCCGGAGCACAGCGCCGACAGCCAGCAGCCGGGAUACUCCCAACUUGGAGGUUGGUUUCUCCCCAGCCAGAGUCCAAUCUGCCCCAGCAGCAGCCCCCCCCAGUUCAGCAGCUCAGCGGGUCACUCAUCGGGCUCCUACUGUGAGCGUUACUCCGGCCUGAGGAGCCACAGGGCGGCGCCGUACCCCAGCCACUACCCCCACCGCAGCGCCGGCACAAACAACUACAUGGAGAGCAGCUCCGGAGGUCUGUCCACUCACGACAGCUGGUCGGCGCUUCAGAUCCCCAACUCCCCGGGUAUGGGCACUCUGUCCCACAGCUCCAACUCCACACCCAACUCCAGCCAGUACCCCAGCCUCUGGUCGGUAGCCGGCUCCUCGCUCGCCUCCUCGGGCUCCACCUCUGGCUCCAUAUCCGGAGGCCUGACCCCACAGUUCCUGAGAGGUUCCUCCUACACGGGCCUGACCUCCUCCCUGCCCGUCUCCUCGCCCUCCUCCAUGUAUGACCCCAACCUGAGCGAGGUGGGGGACGCUCAGUUCGAGAACUCCAUCGCCCGGCUCACAGCGACCUGGGCGCCCGUGGCUCAGAGCUACUGAAGCUAUUCCGAAGCAACUCCGGAGAGGAUGCUGGAGCUCGUCCUGAGGGAAGCUGAGCAGAAACUGCCUCACAGCCGCAGGGUCCUGCUCUGGGAAGACUCUGAGACGUUUAGUUAGGAUGCAUCUGUGCGUAGGAAAAGCUGCUGCAGAGGAGCCGUGGAUCCAAACUGUUAUCAUCACAUGAAUCAUUGAAGCUUUUCCAACCCUCUUCAGUAACAUGGAUGUGUACAUGUGUGUAAAUACAGUAAAUUAACUCUGUCUUCACCUCAACGUGCCUUCUACUGAUCGAAAUGCUGCCAGUGCCCCCUCCCCCCUCCCCCAAUCAUGUACAUACAGUAUUUGACUGAGCUGCAAGUU